AUGGUGGACGGGGCGAGUGCGACACACCACGAGAGCCCUGUUGGUUCCUGUUUGGGUCUGUGGAUGCGGUCUGCGGUGGGCGCGUGUCCGCGCAGCCGGCACUGUGUGCGGAGCAGGGCCAUUACGGCUGUGCGUGUGGCGCUUUUUUUUGUGUUGGCGCUGGUUGCGGCGGCGGCGUGGAUGUCCGCGGUGCAUGCGGUGGUGUUGCGACUGCGGGGCGGUACGGUGGACAGAGCCAUCACGGUUGGCCGCGCCGUGGGCACGGUGCUGAUGGACGGCGUGUCCAUCACGAACGGCGUGGCUGUGGUGUUCGACGUGCCGGCGAUGCUUCCCGGCGCGCUGCGCAUCGAACUGAGGAACUGCGUGUGCGACGGCGGUGCGCAGAUCUACGUGCGGGGCUACAGCGGCGAGCCGGCGAGUGACCGGAGCCUGGAGGUGAGCGUGACCGGGCUGUCCGGGAGCUACUGCUCGCUCGUGUUUAUGCACAGCCUGCCGGCACGCACGAACGUGACGGUCCGUGACUCGACGAUUGUGACGCCUGGACCGAUGCGCUACUCCCAACUGAGCGGACUGACGGACGCGGUGGCGUCGCCGCUUGUGCUGCACGCGAUUUCGCUGUUGCAGACACAGCUGCGUGUGAGCAACACUGUGCUGAGGUCGUUGCACGCGGGUGGGUCGGCGGUGCACGUUGGCGGCGGCGUGGACCUGCUGUCGAGCGCGGUGGUGCUUGACGGCGUGUCGCUGGAGGCGUCGGGCGGUCCGACCGCGUCCGCGAUGCAUGUGGCGUCCUCGUCGCGUCUCAGCCUGCAGAGCCACUCGGUGUUCUCCGUGACGAACGUCUCGGUUGUGAGCAGCAGCGGCGGCACUGUCCUUGGAGAGCGCCUUGCGCUGUUUGAUUCGGUGCUGCGCUUUGUGCGCGUCGAGGGGUCUGUUGCGUCGUCGCUGGUGCGCUGCGACGGUGGGACGGUUGGUGUCGGCGGGUGGCUGGAGCUGCGCGACGUGUGGGCGGUGGGCGAGGCGUCGUCGGUGGCGUCGCUUUCGGGUGUGACGCUGAGCGGCGGCACCGUGUCGAUUGCGCGCUGCGCUGCCACCGGCGCGACGCUUGUCUCCGGGCCGACGAUCACGAGCGGCGUCGUGUCGGUGCAGUGCAACCGUGCCGGCGGCCGGGUGCUGCGGAGCCGCGACGAAUACCGCAUGGCUGGCCUGCCCUCCGUGAGCGUGGUGCCGUGCGACGGCUGUGCAGCUGCGCUGGCGUGCUUCGAUGUGCUGACUGCGUCGUUCUCCGACUGCGUGUGCAGCUGCCGUGCCGGCGGUGUGGGCGAGGCGUGCCUGCCGUUUGACGUGCCGCCUGCGAGGGCCGGUGGUGGUGGUGGCGAUGCUGCGGAGGGCUGCGUGAGUGGCGUGACGCUGACGGAGUCGGUGACGGUUGGCGGCUGGCGGGCGACGGCGUGCUUCGACUCGGUGGUGUUUAGCGGGCCGAUCACUGUGGGGGUGGACCUGCGCUUGAUGGACGCGUUCGCUGACGCGCUGAACGUGACGCUGCGCCACUGCGUGCUUGCGGGCGGCGCGCAGCUGCGGAUUGGCGGCCUCGGCGAGAGCACGGCGCGCUUGAUGCCGCACGCCCUCGUCAACAUGACGAAUGUGACGUCGCUGGAGGGCACGAUUGUGCUGCAUGGCGCGAUACCGCCGAACUCGAGUGUGCUGCUGGCGAACUCAACGCUGCGUGCGACGGUUGGCGGGUCGCAGUACGUGCCGACGACCCCUGGCCACGAGGAAUCCCGGUACGGCCCCGCGCUUGUGCUGGACGGCGUCCGGCUUCUGUCGACGCGGUUUGUCAUGACGCGGUUGUCGCUGGUGUGUGGCGGGGGCUUGUGCGCUGCUAUCCUCGUGGAGCGCGGCUUUGUCGCGAAUCUGUCCAGCGUCUUCUACAUGGACAACUGUGUCCUUAUGUCGCGAACGCACGUGAUGUACGCUUUUGGGUCGGACCUGCUUGUCGGCGGCGGCUCCGUGUUCUCGGUGCAGAACAGCUCGUGGAGUGCGCCGAGCACCGAAUAUUACAAAGGCGCGUGUGUGCUUGGGGAUGUUGUUGUGGAUGGCGGCAGCGUGCUGCAGGUUGUGUCCAGCACUUUCCGUCUCGGCUUCGCCAUGCUCAUGGCAACCACGCUGACCGUGACUGGCGGCAGCUGGCUGGUGCACCGCGACAACGAGUUCCGCGCCGCCUACGUUGUGUACGUGGCCAACUACUACGGCGUGGCGUUCCGCGAUCAGAGUGUGUGGUCGAUACUUGACAACACCUUCACGUACGGCUCGUACUCGUCGACCAUCGCAAAUAUGACAAGCAACUGGUCACCACCAUCCGACGCGCGCCCGACCAUCUACGGCGUGUGCAACGAGGCAAGGGGCUCACCUGUGACGAAUUACCAAUACGACCUCAAUAUUGGAGUGCCCGUGACGGUGUUGGACUGUGGUGCGUGCACCGUGGACGCCGUGUGCUUUGCGGCGAGGACGAGCAGCAUCAGCGGCUGUGAGUGUGUGUGCGCUGCUGGCGGCCACGGCGACACGUGUCUGCCAGCUGCUGUUCCGGACGGCCUUGGGCCGCUCCCGCUCCCCGAUGCGAAGGACACGGAGGUCCGCUGCGUGCACGGUGGCAGCAUCAGCUCCGUAGACGAUCCUGAUCCCGGUGUGCGUGGUCUGUGCUUUGUCAAUGUGACCUUCACCGCCGCGAUUGUGCUGGACCUGUCGCGUUUCGACGCACCACAGCAGACACUCAACAUCACGCUGCUGCAGUGCGUCCUCAUAGGCCUGUCGAUCAAGGGGAGUGGUGCGCGAGUGCACGUGAACGUGACAUCAUCG